CAGGCGUUUGCCUGAGGUGUGGCCACCCGCUCGCAUUUGCGGGCCUUGCUGUGUUCGCACGCUUCUGUCUUCUUCAUGGUCACGGCUGCGCGGAUCGAGUGGACCGUCCUCCAACUUCUCAGCGGGCGCCGAGCGACGGUCAAGUUGCACAGCCACGUAGACAAGAUUGUGGACCAUGUGUGCCUAUUCCCCUUUGCUGAUGGGCGCGUCCGCAAUGGGCUGGCCAUCGCACUGCUGCAGCACAUGCUUUGCGACAUUGGCAAUGUCGUCGCCGUUGGUCAUGGACACCGGAACUCGCGCGACGAGUCGCAUAUCAGCUUCGUGAUGCGGCCGGUUCCUGGUAUGCUUCCUCGUGGAGGUGCUGGAGCUCAUCACACCGGGGAUGCGGAUAUUCACCAUCGUUGGGGCGGCGUUGAUUAUCCAGACGACGCUGGGACCGACCUUCCUGGAGAUGUUGGCCAAGAGGCUGUUCCUGAUGGAUGUUUCAGGGCUGGUUUUCCUGGAGGUGCCGAUCAUGCCGAUCGGGUACUUGCUGCUCUCGACGUUCUGGAUCUUUUCGGGGGUGCUGGUGCCGACCAUCGUGGAGGAAAACUUCGAGGAGGUGCUGGGGCUAUCCACCGUGGAGGUGCUGGAGCCGACCGUCGUGGAAACGACCUUCGUGCUGGUGCCGACCCUCGUGGCGACGCUCUUCGUGGAGACGACCGUCGUGGAGAAGCUAGUGCCGACCGUCGUGGAGAAGCUGGUGCCGACCGUCGUGGAGAAGAUCUUCGUGGAGGUGCUGGAGCUGGGUGUCGUGACGGUGCUGGAGCUGACCUUUGUGGAAAUGACCUUCGUGCUGGUGCCGGCCGUCGUGGAAUCGAUCUUCGUGGAGACGACCGUCGUGGAGGUGCUGGUGCAGACCGUCGUGGUGACGACCUUCGGGUUGGUGCCGACCAUCAUGGGGAUGUUCUUCGUGGAGGUCCUGGAACUGACUGUCGUGGAGGUGCUGGAGCCGCCUUUUGUGGAGACGACCUCCGUGCUGGUGCUGACUGUCGUGGAGGCGAUUUUCGUGGAGGCGAACGUCGUGGAGGCGAUGGUGCCGACCGUCGUGGAGACGACCCUUGUGGAGAAGACCGUCGCCGAGACGACCUUCGUGGCGCUGGCCGUCGUGGAGACGACCUUCGUGGAAACGACCUUCGUGCAGGCGGCCUUCGUGGAGACGACCUUCGUGGAGAUGACCUUCGUGGGGACGACCUUCGUGGAGACGACCUUCGUGGAGACGACCGUGCUGGAGCCGACAUUCGUGGAGACGACCUUCGUGCUGGCGCCGGCCGUUAUGGAGACGACCGUCGUGGAGACGCCCUUCAACGUGCUACUGCUGACCUUCGUGCUUGUGCCGACCAUCGUGGGGAGGAUGAUCCUCGUCCUGAGUCUUGCGCUCCUGAUCAUCGGCCUGGCGAUUUCGUGCGUGAGCAUGCUUGUGGUGCUGGUGUUCCUCCAACAGGGUCGCCGCCUCGCAAGAAGGCGCGCAGAGAGGGUGACGGGGGCGAUGAUGUGA